AUGGUCCUAGAACGCGACCCCGACAUGAUGUCCCUCACGGACGACGAGCAGGACGUCGCGAGCCGCCUGCCGACGCCGCAGAAGGCGCCGCGCGCUCCGGUGGAUGAGAACCUCUCGCCCACGGCCCUCGAGGCCAUCAAGGCCGCGGAGCAGCGGCGCCGGCCGCGGCGGCCGCCGCCGCCCAUGCCGCGGACGACGCCGCCGGGCGCGCGGCCGCCGACGCACCGCGCGCACCGCGCGCCCGUCACGUCGGGGUCCCUCGACGACGACGAGAGCUCCGAGAGUUCCAUGACCGAGGACCCGCGCGAGAACAACGACGACGAGCGCCGCGCGAGCGAGUCGCACGACGCGCCGUCCGAGGUCUGGACGCCCGUCGGGCCCCUCGCCACGGCGCUCGGUUCGAAGCCGUCUUCCGGGAGUCCGCGCGCGGGCUCGCCGCGGCCCUCUCUCCUAGAUCGGGCGCGGCGCAUCUCGCCGCCGCCCUCGCGGUCGCAGAGCCCGCCGACGGCGCCUCCAGCAAAAGAGUGGCCGCCCGAGAAGCCUCUCACGAAACCUCCUGUCGUGACGUCGAGCGACGCGACGCGGCCGAGCCCGGCCUCGUCCCUGGAUUCCGAGCCGUUAAAAAGGAGGAGCCCCGGGUCGCCGCAGGGGUGGAGAAGGCGGCGGUCGCAGCUCCACGCCGACGCGCGCGUGAAGGCCCUUGAGGAGGAGGCCUCGGCGACGCGGCGGCGGCACCGGGAAGAUUUGCAGAGCAUCCGCGAGGCGAGGGAAAGAGCGGCGUCCGAUCUCAAGGAGACCAAAGCUCGAUUAGAAGCGGGCCGCGACCGCGCGAAGAAGGCCGCGGCGCGUUUACUGGCGCGCCUGCCCGCGAAGCGGUCGACGCGGGGGGCCUUCUCGCGCUGGCGCGGCCGGCCGGCGCCGUCGCCGGGCCGCGCGCGCCGCGAGAAGGCCCUCGGGCUGGUGCGCGGCCUCGCCUCGCUGGCCGUCCUCAUGGUCAUGGUCGCGGGCGCCUAUCAAACAGCGAGCGACCUCGGCUACUUUUUAGGGGAAGCGCCCACCUCAAAAAACUGCCGCCAGCUCGCGGGGAGCGCUUCGUUCAGUUCGUCGGAGGACGCCGCGCUCUGGCGGCCGUCGGAAGCUGUGGUCACGGCCGGCGGCCUGCGGUCGGCCUUCUACGAGGGCGGUAAUGAUGAAGGAGCGUUGUUUGCGGUGACGCUCGCGGACGAGACGUCGACCUUCGUCCAGUCGCUCCAAUAUAUUGGACUGGUGCCGACCUACGACGUCGAGCCGCGCGCGCGGCGGUUGGUGGUGGAGGACUGGCCGUCGGACAAGAAGUUCCGGCCCCACGGGAUUUACGUGCGCAAGCCGCAGAUUUUUGUCGUGAACCACGGCGUCGAGCAAGGGAGCUCGCUGGAAGUUUUUGAAGGUAUUGAUAAUGGGACGUUGGUGGGGGCGAAGUGGUUGAGAAGCGUCGAGCACCCAUUCAUCAAUGGCCACGGCCUGCCUAAUUCGGUCGUGGCCGUUGCCAGUGAUGAGGUCUACGUGACGACCUGGCGUUACUGGUCACUGCCGGUCCGGGGCGUCGCGCGCGCGUCAAUCCUCGAGCGCCUCCAGCUCUCGCUCCAGUUCGCCGCGAGCGUGCUGCGCCUGCCCGUGACGCGCGUCUACCGCUGCGUCUUUAACGACGAGGCGACGUCGUGCUCGCCGGUGGGGGCGCGCCACGCCAUGGCGAACGGCAUCGCGCUCCGCGGCAAUAUGAUUUACGUGGUGGACGUGCUGCGCUUUUCGGUCACGGUCUACGAGCGGCGGCGCGACGGCUCGCUCGUGGUCAACGACACCAUAUCAUUGCCGCACGCGGCGGACAACGUGUAUGCGCUAUCUGAUGGGUCUUUAUUGUUGGGUUCGAUGCCGAAAUUACACCAGUGCCUCGACCCGCUCGCGCAAAAGCCGCCCGUCGCCGGCGCGCUGACGCUCGCCGUGCCUCGGCCGCCGUCUCCGAAGGACGACCGCGCCGUCGGCGUGCGAGGCUAUGGUGAUUCGCGCUGGACUUUUAGGGAUAUCGUGCGCACGGACGGCGGCCAGGUCUCGGGCGGCGCGCUCGUCGGGACGCGCGCGCUCGUCGGGUCGCCGUGGGACCGCGGGGCGCUGCUCUGCGAGCUGCUGGGGCCGGAUGAAGUCUAA